AUGGCGCCACCAGCCGUCCCAGGAACCGAUUCCGGUCGUUCGCCAGCAAAUAACACUCAAAAAUUGACUGAAGAAUCGUCCGAGGAGACUCUUCGCAAGUAUUUCCGCACGAAGGUCGACGAUGCUCAGCAAAAAGUGGCCGACAAAUCCCAAAACGUUCGUCGCCUCCAAGCCCAACGCAACGAGCUGAAUACGAAGGUGCGUAUGCUGAAAGAAGAGCUACAACAGCUGCACGAACAAGGAUCCUACGUUGGAGAAGUCAGUAAAGCCAUGGAUAAGAAGAAAGUGCUCGUCAAGGUGCAUCCAGAAGGAAAGUACGUCGUUGACGUUGACAAAACAAUCGAUAUCAAUUCGCUGAACACUGGAGCUCGUGUAGCCCUCCGUGCUGAUUCCUAUGCUCUUCAUAAGGUUCUACCCAACAAAGUGGACCCUCUGGUCUCCCUUAUGAUGGUUGAAAAGGUGCCAGAUUCGACGUAUGAGAUGGUUGGAGGACUGGAUAAACAGAUCAAGGAGAUUAAGGAGGUCAUCGAGUUGCCUGUUAAGCAUCCGGAGCUUUUCGAUGCUCUUGGUAUUGCUCAGCCUAAAGGAGUGCUUCUCUACGGACCACCUGGAACUGGAAAGACGUUGUUGGCACGUGCAGUGGCUCAUCAUACCGAAUGUACUUUUAUUCGAGUGUCGGGAUCGGAAUUGGUUCAGAAGUUCAUUGGAGAGGGAGCAAGAAUGGUCCGUGAGCUGUUCGUGAUGGCUCGUGAGCACGCUCCAUCGAUCAUCUUCAUGGACGAAAUCGAUUCGAUCGGAUCAUCGAGAGUCGAAGGAUCCUCGGGUGGAGACUCGGAAGUGCAGAGAACAAUGUUGGAGUUGCUCAAUCAGUUGGACGGUUUCGAGGCCACCAAGAAUAUUAAGGUAAUCAUGGCAACGAAUCGUAUCGACAUCCUAGACCCCGCCCUUCUCCGUCCCGGUCGUAUCGAUCGUAAAAUCGAAUUCCCGGCUCCAGAUGAGAAGGCGCGUGCCGAUAUUCUCAAGAUUCAUUCGCGUAAAAUGAAUCUAAUGCGAGGAAUCAAUAUGGCAAAGAUCGCUGAACAGAUUCCUGGGGCUUCUGGAGCAGAAGUGAAGGCGGUGUGCACGGAAGCCGGAAUGUUUGCCCUUCGUGAGAGACGUAUUCAUGUGACACAGGAGGACUUCGAGAUGGCCGUUGGAAAAGUGAUGCAGAAGGACUCGGAGAAGAAUAUGUCCAUUAAGAAGUUGUGGAAAUAA